GUCUACCUGCCUGUUUACGAACUAUCGGCAGUGUGAACAGCAAUCGUUGAUCUCUUGUACUAUUAAAUAUUCGGACUCGCUCUGGAAACAAUACAUUUUUUCGCGGGAUUAUAACGUACCUCUGUCCUUUUUGCACUUUCCGCCCUCGGCAACAAAUAGAAGAAAGAGCACAAUGUUUGCUAUUCUUACAGACCGUUAUGAUACGUUUUUUAAAGAGAAGAAUAUGGUUACGGAUUUCUUAGCAAAGUUGGAGGAGCGAAGUGGAAUUCAGAAACAAUACAUUGCAACAGGUGCAGUGUCCAUCAUUGCAUUAUAUCUAUUAUUUGGUUAUGGUGCCUCUCUUCUCUGCAACCUGAUUGGAUUUGUUUACCCUGCAUAUGCUUCUAUUAAAGCCAUUGAGAGCAGUAGCAAGGAUGACGACACCCAGUGGCUGACCUACUGGGUGGUGUAUGGACUCUUCAGUGUGGCAGAGUUCUUCUCAGACAUUUUCCUGUUCUGGUUUCCCUUUUACUAUGCUGGAAAGUGUGUGUUUUUGCUGUGGUGCAUGGCCCCCAUUUCCUGGAAUGGCUCUCAGAUCAUAUAUACACGCCUAGUGAGACCUUUCUUCCUCAAGCAUGAGGCAGUGCUUGACACCGUGGUCAAAGAUUUGAGCGGCAAGUCCAAAAGUGCAGCUCAGUCUGUGGCCCGUGAAGGCUUUACCAUGUUCGGCAAUGACAAGAACAAAUGAUUUGGAAAAAUGACGACUUAAUAGUUUUGUUAUCAUGAUGUCUUUGGUUCCAACUACAAUCCUUUUAAGAACUACAGACAACUAUCCCAAAAGAACUGAUAAUUACAAAAUUGAGUCAGUGAAUCGGUGUUAAUCAAUUUAAAUGUGAAUGUAAGGUAAAAGUUUGUAUUGCACUCACCAUAAAUAUUGUUUCAAGAUUGAUUUUAAUAAAAAUUUAUUUGUGAAAAA